AUCCUGCUGUAGCAGCUCAAGCUUCUCUGAAGACUCGGAGAGAGGCGCCUGAGGCUCAGAGAAUAUACCACCAGCUUCUUAAAAAAAAUUUUUUUGGAAACAAAACAAGUCAUUCUUACUUCCCCACAAGAUGACAAACAGUUCUACCUUCUGUCCAGUUUAUAGAAACCUGCAGCCAUUCACAUACUUCUUUUAUUUAGUUUUCCUUAUCGGAUUUAUUGGAAGUUGUUUUGCAACCUGGGCUUUCAUACAGAAAAACACAAAUCAUAAAUGUGUAAGCAUCUACUUAAUUAAUUUGCUGACAGCCGACUUCCUGCUGACUCUGGCAUUACCAGUGAAAAUUGUUGUUGACCUGGGCGUGGCACCCUGGAAGCUGAGGAUAUUCCACUGCCAAGUAACAGCCUGCCUCAUCUACAUUAACAUGUACUUAUCAAUUAUCUUCUUAGCAUUUGUGAGCAUUGAUCGCUGUCUUCAGUUGACACACAGCUGCAAAAUUUAUCGAAUACAAGAACCUGGAUUUGCCAAAAUGAUAUCUACUGUCGUGUGGGUAAUGGUCCUUCUUAUAAUGGUGCCAAAUAUGGUGAUACCCAUCAAAGACAUCGAGGAAAAGCUGAACGUGGGAUGCAUGGAAUUCAAAAGGGAGAUUGGAAAAAAUUGGCAUCUGAUGACAAACUUCAUAUGUGUAGCCAUAUUUUUAAAUUUUUCAGUCAUCAUUUUAAUAUCAAACUGCCUUGUAAUUCGACAACUGUACAGAAACAAAGAUAAUGAAAAUUAUUCAAAUGUCAAAAGAGCUCUCAUCAACAUACUUCUAGUGACUACAGCCUACAUUAUAUGUUUUGUUCCUUACCACAUUGUCCGAAUCCCAUACACGCUCAGCCAGACUGAAGUCAUAUCUGACUGCUCAACUAAGAAUUCCCUCUACAAGGCCAAGGAGGCCACGCUGCUGCUGGCUGUGUCGAACUUGUGUUUUGAUCCCAUCCUGUACUAUCACCUCUCAAAGGCAUUCCGCUUAAAGGUCACUGGGACUUUUGUUUCACAAAAGGAAAGCAGGGCUCAGAAAAAAAAAUCAAGUGAUGAAAAUGAUGUAUAAAUAUGGGAUCGUGUUAUAAUUUUAUGCUGUAAUCUCUUCCCUUGCUGGACAAUAACUAUAAAACGACCGGGAAAGAGAACCUCCGAAUGUAAAGAUAGACAGCUUGCAGAUGUGACCUGGUUUACUAUGAAGCAGUUUUUAAAUGCAAACCAAGCAGUAUUUCUUGGUUGAUCAUGCUUCUUAAGGCAAAUAUUUAUACAAAAAAACCUAAAAAUUCUUGUUGAAGCAAUGUAAAACUCUGAUACCCAAAUGAUUUCGGUGACACAGACACAGAACUAUUUGUGAGGUACUCAUUUAAAUAUCUGGAACUGACUUCUUAAUAUAAAAUACGUAAAAUACAGAUGACUCAUAAACAGA